GAUUCGUGGCUCGAGGAAAAGAACCAAGGCUGUGGGCCCCUUCUUCCACGGCGGCUAGGGGUUGGUGGGUGAACGGCGGGCCCUCGGUCGGUUUCUCUUCCCUGAUAUAUAGCUUAUACGCCCCGAGCUCGCAGCAGGUGGAGGGAAGGUAGAGAGAAGCAGGUCCAUUGAUGGCGUCUGCGGCUUCGUCUUCCUUGCCUUCUUCGAAACCCUUCCUCGGGGGAUCGAGAACCGGCGGCUUGUCCGGCCUCGCCUUCCGGCUGCCCUCCACCGUCAACCAGAUCUCCAUCCGGCGGCGGAUUUCCCCUGCUCCUCGAAGGCUCGAGGUGCGGGCAGGUGGAGAUAAAUUUGGAAAGCACUUUGAAGUCGCAACCUAUGGAGAAUCUCAUGGAGGUGGUGUUGGUUGUAUUAUUAGUGGAUGCCCCCCUAGAAUUCCUCUUUCUGAAGAGGAUUUGCAAUUUGAACUUGACAGAAGGAGACCAGGUCAGAGCAGGAUAACCACACAAAGGAAGGAAACUGAUACAUGUCGAAUUCUCUCGGGACUAUUUGAAGGAACGACAACUGGAACUUCAAUUUGUGUUUUUGUACCAAAUGCAGAUCAAAGAGGACAUGACUAUAGUGAAAUGUCAAUUGCAUAUAGGCCUUCUCAUGCAGACGCAACAUAUGACUUUAAAUAUGGUCUGAGAGCGAUACAGGGAGGUGGCAGAUCAUCAGCAAGAGAAACCAUCGGUAGAGUUGCUGCUGGAGCUCUUGCAAAGAAGAUUCUUAAAAUGUAUGCUGGAACUGAGAUCCUAGCAUAUGUUUCUCAAGUUCAUAAAGUUGUGCUUCCUGAAGGGGUUGUUGAUAAUGAGACGGUGACCCUUGAUGAGAUUGAGAGUAAUAUAGUCAGAUGCCCGGAUCCAGAAUAUGCUCAGAAGAUGAUUGAGGCCAUUGAUGCUGUGCGAGUUAAAGGAGAAUCUGUUGGUGGCAUCGUGACUUGCAUUGCAAGAAAUGUUCCACGUGGACUUGGGUGUCCUGUCUUUGAUAAACUGGAGGCUGAUUUGGCAAAAGCUAUGUUGUCUCUGCCUGCAACAAAGGGAUUUGAGUUUGGCAGCGGAUUUGCAGGUACUUUUUUGACUGGAAGUGAGCAUAAUGAUGAGUUCUACAUGGAUGAGCUUGGCAAUGUGCGAACAAGAACAAAUCGAUCGGGCGGUAUACAGGGAGGGAUAUCCAAUGGUGAAACCAUAUAUAUGAGAAUAGCUUUUAAACCAACAUCUACAAUUGGGAAAAAGCAGAAUACAGUAACUAGAGACCGACACGAAACUGAGCUUAUAGCAAGAGGCCGCAACGAUCCCUGUGUAGUCCCUCGAGCCGUUCCGAUGGUAGAAGCCAUGGUAGCUCUGGUGCUGUUGGAUCAACUGAUGGCGCACACAGCACAAUGUGGAUUAUUUCCUUCUAAUCCAGCCCUCCAGCAACAAAUCGUUCCGGCGGCGCCCGAUGGAUCGUUGCUCACUCAAGAGACUGCUUAGUAUGACAAUGUGGAUCGUGGCUUCACUAGACAUGAUUGAGGUUCCAAUUUACUGAAUCCAAAUAGUUGGUAAUGGAUGCUUGUUGUUGUUGUCGUCGUCGUCGUCGAGUCUAAUAACUCCCAACUAUGGUUUGAGAUUUAAAAGAACACUUGUUCGUGAUCAAUGAUAUCAGGCAGUAAUAUUCGUUUGUUUGA